AUGGCGAUUGAGAAGAAUAUCAAAAAACAAUAUAGUACACAUGCUUCCUCUUUAAAAGGUACUGAUGGUGAUGGAUCAUAUGUUCCACCACCAACCCCAAAAAACGAAGAUGAAAAAUUAUUGAUAGAAACAAUUGCCAUUUCAGUAAAAGGACUCCAGAAUAAAUUUGAUUCUAAUGCACUUGCAGGGUGCUCCGGAAUGUCUGCUGCUCAACUCACUCCAAUGGACCAAUCCCAGAAUAUUGAGGUAGAUAUGAUAGAAACAGACUGGAACGAACCACAUGCUCAUGUGAAGGUAGUCGAGAGAGCGAAUACUGCUUUGCCAGGAUCUCCUCAGACUCAGAGUAUUGCUAAAAUAACGAUAGAAAGCAUCAAUUCGAAAGUGCCACAUCUCACACCCAACGAUGACAUAAAGUUGCAGUUGUUGACACGUAUCAAAGCAGAUGAGUCUAUGAUGAUACCGUUUCGCCGAUGGGAAUUGCACGAGCUACCAGCACUCACACAAGGAUCUACCAUAGAAAUCUGGUCCGUAAAGACAUGUUCUGCAUUGGACAUUCCAAGAUAUGUUAUAGUAUUUUUCCAAACGAAAAAAGCUGAUAAUUUGCAUGAAGACGUCACCUUGUUCGAUAAUGCCAACAUCAAAUCCAUACGAUUGGCUCUGAAUAGCGACUAUUAUCCGCAAGAAAGAAUGCUAUUGGACUUUUCUCGAGACCAAUAUGCCGACGCCCACUUCAACUAUACAGAGUUCAACAAGAGCUACCAUAACUGUCAAGAGAAGCGCUCUCUAGUAAACUUUGCCGAAUUCAAAUCCCGACCAAUGUUUGUUAUCGAUUGCUCGAGGCGCUAUCUGGGUCUAAAGUCGUCUACAGUUGAUAUAACGUUGGAAAUUGAAGCGACUACAGGCUUCCCUCCCGACACCAAAGCCUAUUGCAUCAUCAUUCACGAUCAAAUCAUGGAACAUCUCCCACUCAGCGAAAUUCGAAUAUUUCCUCUGGAAAUUCCAACAAAUGAAAGGAAUGAAUCACCACAGUGGAAAACUAAUGUGAGAAAUACGAUAAGACAACAGGAGCCUGAAUUGGCAGGGUUACAACAGAGUUCGAAAAACAAAGCUGAAGAACAUGAAGAAAGAAUAUACCGGAAAGAAGAACCGACCGAGGAAGAAGGACAAACUAGCAACGAGGGGAUUAGUUAA